AUGAGAAUAAAAAGUAUAAAACAAGAUGUUCAAGGGACCUCCAAGAAAGUACGAUGGCGACCAGCGGGCCGAGAAGGAGUCACCAGCGGGCCACGAAGAAGAGACCGGCGGGCCACGAAGGAGAGACCAGCGGUCCACGAAGGAGAGACCGGCGGGCCACAAAGGAGAGACCAGUGGGUCACGAAGGAGUCACCAGCGGGCCACGAAGAAGAGACCGGCGGGCCACAAAGGAGAGACCAGUGGGUCACGAAGGAGUCACCAGCAGGCCACGAAGAAGAGACCGGCGGGCCACGAAGGAGAGACCGGCGGGCCACGAAGGAGAGACCAGCGGGCCACGAAGGAGAGACCAGCGGGCCACGAAGGAGAGACCAGGGGGCGAUCAAGGAGCGACCAGAGGGCGACGAGGGGGCCACCAGAAGGCCACCAAGGAGCAAGGAGGUGACGAGCAGCGAGGGAGCGACCUCGCACCUCACGCGGUGGCUUAGGAACGCUCUGCAAUCUAAUUGGCAGGCCUGUUUGCGCAGCGCCGGCUCAGAAGGGCGACGGCUGGGAAGCGACUCCGCGCACGGAGCGCUUGAUGCCUCGCGCCGGUGUCCGUGGGUCGCACAAAAUGAGGAGCUGCCGUCCUCUGUGGUUGGUGCUGGUGGUGCAGGUGGUGUUGGUGGCGGCGGCCCAGACUGAGGAGGAACUCAGGACCUCAGCGCUCAAUGAGGACCCACGCUGCAGCCCUGCCUUGACCUCAGGGCCGGCGCCGCUGCUGGCCCGGAUGGACCGCGAGCUGGGCGCUCUGCAGGCGGCGGCUGCCGACGUCACGUGGCGGCUGGGCGGCGCGGACGAGG